UUAUUUUAAAAUUUGUUUAUUGUUGAAACAUGCUUACAAAUCAUGAUAUUAAUUCUAUUUAUUUAUUUGCUUUCAGGAAUUUAAGAACAUGCAAGGAUGAAUUUUACUCUGCCCUACUUGAUGUAAUUUAAAUUUUUGUUUUACGAUGGAGUAUUUUUCACUUUGUUCAAACAUUAGCCAAGAGGAAAAGAAGAAAUUUAAUCUUGAUUUUCAAGAAGUUGUUCGCAAAAUCUCUGAAUUAAAUAUGUAUAAUAAUUCAUUUGAGAAUCCUUAUGACAGAUGUGCUUUCAUGUAUAAAAAUGCUCCCUGCAUCAUUAGUUUUAUCAAAGAUUGUGUUGACAAAUAUUUGAUUAAUUGUCCUCUUGCAAAGGAUGUGAUUCUAAAAUUGAAAGAUCGUAAAAAUUUGAAUUUUAUCUCAUUUACUUUAGGUCCAGCUCUUGAUUAUUUGUCUUUUUGCUUGGCUCUCUCUAACAGUUUUCACAUAAGUUUUAUGCCUUCCUUUCAGAAUCUGACAGUGAUUUCUAACACAGCUCAGUGGAAACAUGCAUUGCAGUCGUUGGUGGAAUCUCUAAAAACGGGAUUUCUACCAUUUCCAAUUUCUUCUCUUCCUAACACUUACAGUAUUAACCAUAAUCCCAAUGUGUUAUUUAAUGUUAAGCAUAAAGUUCUAGUAGGAAAUGCUGAUAUUGUUUUCAUGGUGAAGACUCUGAACUUUUCAAAACCGAAUGAAUUUGAAGAAAGAAAGGUUUAUUUUCAGAAUAUAAUUGCUGCAAUGAAAAUAAAGAGCUACUUAUUUUGCAUUGAUACUAAACCAAGUGUUUCAGCCAUGUUUGAAACUCUAAAUCAGACACCAGGUAAAUUAAUUUAUGCUCCUGUAUUUAAUAACUUUCAGAUUGAGGAAAAAUUCAAAUUUCCUGAAUCUCUUAAAGAAACUUAUAGGUGUCUUCCAACUGUAAUGGCACAAGGAUGUUUUUUUGUAUGGGAGAAGGCAGCAUUGAAUUUAACUGUGCCAGAUUUAUGGCCAACGAAUUUGAGUAAUUUGCUCCAAACAAGUACUUUGUUUAAUAAUAAUAAUAAUACUGAUGUUUUUCCUUCUUCUGUUGGAACAACCCAAUAUUCUGUCAUUGCUGAAAAUGUUGAAAAAACUUUUAGUAGUGAUGACCAAUGCAAAAGCAUAGCUUGCAUUUCCAGUAAAAGAGAUAUCAGUGAUGUAAUUCACAAUGCCUGGCCUGAUAAACUUAUUACUUUAUACAGUGUUUUCAGUAGUAGAAAAUGUGACAAAGAUCUAGAAAACAAUGCAAAUUCAAAUGUGAAAUUGUCUGAACCAUCUACAAAUUUGGAAAUGAAUGCUUUUAUGGAGCAAGAUAUUGAGUCAAUUUUAUCUGAUAUUUGUGAGACAAUAGAUUAUGAUCAGAACACCCUUUCAAAAUUAAAUAUUGCACCUAUAUUAUUUAAAUCAUUUUCUGAUCUCUCUAUUACAAAAGAUAAACUGGCUUCUGAUGAAAGUUGCUCAGCAAGUCCGCUUUCUUUUGAUACAUUUCCAGAGAAAAUUGGAGAUAAAAAUAAUAUUCAGGACCAACGAACUGAAAUGGUAAAUGAUAAUGGAUUUGGCCAUAAACCCAAGUCUGUAAUACCAAAUCCUGAUGUCAGAUGCCAAUCAGUUUUAGAUGAUUUGCCAAAUAUCACUGAUAAUACUUUCAUAAAGAGUCGAAUUGCAUCAAAUAAAAAUGUGCCAAAUGUUGCUCCUCUUCAAUCUCUUAGUAAUCUAGCUGAAAUAGAUGGAGAUUUGUCAAAUAUUGCUCAUCAUUCAUUUAUGAGUAGCCAAAAUGAGUUUAAUAAUACUCACCAUCCUCUUAUAAAAAGUCCAGUACCACGAACUAAAGAUUUGACAAGUGCCAUACAACACUCAUCUGAUAGAAUAGAACCAAUUAAACGAAAUGGAGAUUUGUCAACUUAUGCUCAUCAACCUAUCAUUGAUUCUCCAACCGAACCGAAUAGAGAUAUUUUUAAAUUUCCAUUUUUGACUUCUGAAUAUGUAUCUGCUAAUAAUUCUGAAGGAUAUUUUACUAAAGAAAUUUCUUCAUUAGAAAUUGCAGAAUUGAAUAGCAAGUCAAUGCAGAAUCAGCAAGUAAAAUCUACUUCUGAAUCCUUAAAUAGUGCUUUAGUUUCAGAUGAUUCUCUAACUUCUUUGAAAACAAAAUCUAGAACUAGGAAACGAAAAAUGAAAAAGUUACAGAAUGUCACUAUGCAGUCUAGUAAUAUGAACAAUAGCAAAGAUCUUUUAAACACUCCUCUUUAUUCCAGUGUGUUGAGGGCAUCAACUUUAAAUACUACAACAAGUUCCUCUUUGGGUUUGAAUGAAGGUUUUAAUACAGAGUCUGUUGGUUUAACACUAACUGGGAAAGGACUAAUUAAUGAGCCCUAUAACUCUGGCCCUAUAAAAAAUGGAUUUGAUUUUAUGGAUGAUGACAAGACCUCGAGCUGUUCUAGUAUAAAUGCUUGUCGAAGUUCUUUAAAGCACCAAAAAAAUGAUAAGUUUGAGCAAACUGCUUCCGUUUCUCAAAGGUUACAAAAAUCUGUUUAUAGUAACACUAACGUAAAAAAUAAUGAUGCAACUAAUUCUUCUGAGAUUCGACUUUUGACUAACAGAAUUAAAUCACUCAUCAGUGAGUUUGAUCAAAUAACCAGUCUAAAUCAAAAUGAUACUACUCUCAGAAGAAACAUAGCAAUAGCGCCCUGUCAUAGUCAUCUAUGUAAGGCCAAUUCAUCAUGCAAAAAUGCUGUUAGUAAUGAUCUCUUCAACCUCAGUAAAACUUCAAGUAUAUCAAAUGGUCCUCCUAAUUUAAGUGAAAAUGCAGAAAAUGAAAAUUCAAAAUUGGAGGCGGAGGAAUUUCAAUCUUCCUCGUGUUGUCAACCACAAUUACCUUCGUGCUGCUUAUCCCAAAGCAGUUGCCACCAAUGCUGUAGGUGUCAAAAAUUGCGUGGGUGUGUGUGUCUUCUCUCUCCAAAUUGUCCCCUUCAUGGUUGUUUUCACUGCGUAAAUUAUGCUCCUUCAUGUGAUCCGGCAUGCUCCAGAGCAUCUCAAUGUAAACAAGCAUGUUCCAGAGCUUCCUUGCACGAACAAGCAAGCCCAACAGUUCCAAAUAUUGUGAUACCAUUACAAAAUGUUACUCCUGAUACUCUUGCUCAAAUUUUAGCUGCUUUAAAGGUCACUAAUUUAGACUCUUAAAAGUAGAUAAGAGCGUGCUGAGCUUAAAAAAUCAGGGGUUAAUUCUUUCUAUUGUUGCCGUCCAAUAAGCAAUCAGUCAUCACAGUGAAGUUAACUAAUCUUAUAGUCAAACAUAGAUAUUAUCAGCAACUUUUUUCCAAACUAAGAUUAUUCUAGUUCUGAAGUUCGUUGCUCCUUUUAACACAGAAACAACUGUGCUUGUUACGUAAUAAAACUGAUUAAACCCCUUUCCUGGCUUUGAAUAUCAACAAAAGUUGUGGCAAUUAUUUACCUAGAAAAUAAGAGUUGUGUUUCUAAUUAUCCUAAUUUUUGUUUCUCUGAAAAUUGUUGUAUAUUUUUUUCAUUUAAAGUUAAAAAAAAAUUUAGUAUGUAAAGUUAUUUUUUUAAAUUUUAUUUUUGAUUAUUUUCUUUUCUUAAUCAAAUUUACUUUUUAUUAAAAGUUUUUUUUUUUAUCAAGAAUAAAAAAUUUGAGUACAUUUUUAUCUGAAUUUCAUGAUAGAUUUCUUUUUCUGAAUUUCUGCAUAGAUUUCUUUUUAAGAAUGACAAUAAAAACUUGAUAAAAUUACUAUUUUGUAAAGAUUUACUUAAUGUAGAUCUACUUAAUGUAAUGUUUAAUUAUAUGUAGAUUUUGUAAAGAUCUACUGAAAUGCAAUAGUCUUUAGUUUUUAAAGAGUGAUCAAAAUGCUUUUUAUAUAACAUGUAUUUCACUAUUUAUCACUUUUGACACCCAAUAAUAUUCUUAUGUGAAAUUGGUCUUCUUACAAAGUGAGACUUGUUGAUUGUUAAUUUGUAAAGUUGAUUGUUAUUUUUAUAAAGAUAAUCUAAUUAUACACAGUAAAAACUAUACUACUUACUGUAAUACUACUUAAAUAAUGCAUAACAUUCAAAGAAUGUUAAAAUUAUUUUUGAUAUAAUUUUCGGAUUUUACUACUACGUACUACAUAUUGUUUUUGCUAUUACCUAUUGCUACGUACUACCUACUGGUCUCUCUGCACAUAAGAGAGACAAACAAUUUUACAGAAUUUACUCAAAAAAUUUGCUAUCACUUAUAGAUUUAAAAGUGAAUUGUUAAAAUUAUUUUUUGUGACAGUUAUUCUUUGUUAAUGGUUCUUAUGAUUUAUCUUGGGUUCAUUUUGAACAAAGUAUGUUGUUACAGGAGCUUGGAAACAGAGAAAUACUAUAAAAUUAGGCUUCAUACUUAUAGAUAUUUUAUAUGCUAUGACAUGUUCGUAAUAUAUCAGUUUAAAAAAAAAAGCGAGUGUUUCAUUUGAAGUUUUUCAUUGAUUUAAAAAUGUGUUAAAUAAAAUUCAUUUCAUUUGUUGUUAAUAGAUUUGAAGGAAUAAGAAACAUUUUCAUGUUAACUUUCUUUGGGAAUAAAACUUAAAUAAUGUUGAAACAAGAAUAAUUUUCUAAAAGUCUUUUUUUUAUAUACAAAAAAACCCCUUUAAUUUUAGUCUGUGUGUGAGUGACACAGUAGUAGAGAAGAAUUUGUCAACAUGUACUUUUGUUUUAUAUGUAUAUUUUCUUUAUAUUUUGAAUGUCUACCACACAUUUGGCAAUCAUAUGUCCUCCUGGUACUUAAUGGGCAAUACUUUUGUUGUCUUUUUUGUGGGCACUUUAUAAGUGGAUCAACACCACCAUAACAACAUAAGAAAGACACAACAGACAGAGAAACUACAUCUGUGCCCUAAGGGGGAUUCAAUCAUGGGACCUUUUUUGACAUAAGGUCAGCUCCUUGAUCACCAGACAACCGGGCGGCAUGUAAAUAAAAAUACAUUUACAUCACAAGAUUGUGGUUAAGAGAAUAAAUCAAUUCUAAUAAAAAUGUAAAUUAGUGGAAAAUAUAAUAAAUAAUUAUCUCUUAAAUAAUCAAUAUGUUAUUCUUUAAACAGGGAUUUCACACUUAACCUGUAGUUAAAUUGCAGGCCUUUUUAGGAACAUUUUAAAGCCAUUCAAAUCUGGACAUAUUGAAAAUCUAGUUGUAUGUUAUAGUAAAUAAUCACCACCUAUUCUUUUUUUUUAAAGAUAAUUAGAAAUAUAAUUGUUAUAGCUAAUUGAAAUGUUUUUUUUUUAAUGUAACUUUUAAUAAAUAAAUUUUAUUAAAUGUUAUUUUUUGUUUUAGUUUCUUCAAAUUUAUGUAAUCAAAAGAAGUUACAUGUAACGAUUUUACAUUUAUUCUAAAAAGGUUCUGUUCUGAAAGAGUGUAGCAGCAUCCUAAUUUCUGAAAAAUAUUUCAAUGCUACAUAAAAUUAAAUGCUUUCAGGUUGAUUGGGCAAAAGUUAGUUCUUUUA